AUGGCGACACCACUACCUACCGACGCGACUUAUGUCGAAACAGACUUUCGUUCGCCCCGUCGGACAAAGCGCUGCCCGCCGUUCAGCGGCAAGUACCGCAAAGCUAUCAUCGGAGGGAUCGCAGUAGUCGUAGUGGCUGCAGUGAUUGUGCUCAUUGUCGUGUUGGCGACGUCCGACGACGACGACAAUGAGAGCGCAAAUGUAUCCGUAAUAGUCGCAGACGAGCCGCUCGUGCUGCCCCACGUCGCUGUAGCCAACUUGACAAUGGCGAGUGCAGCAUCGACGGACGAUACGUUGGACGCCUGUGUCCAGCGAGGGUGGAUCCCCACAGGCGUUGACUGGGCAGCCGCUUCGGCGUCGGGCAGCGCCGUCUCGUACUUGUGCAUGCAGCAGAGUACGCAGCGUGUGGACACUGAUGGAGAUGGAGGGGGUACAGUCAAUUUGGACGACUUGGCGGUGGUGCGACGCAUCGUUGUUGUCUCUGAGGCCGAAGAAUGUCCGUCGACUAUGCAGACAGUGUCGAACCCGAGCUCGGGCGUCUUUGUCUGUGCAGAGUACGUCGCGGCAAGCACAGCGUUCGAGACCCAGCAGUACGUGGUUGACCUCAUGACAACGACCGAGGCCUUUUACAACCACGAGACUCCGGGAUGGAUCACCUGGCCCACUGACCUCAAGAUCGACGCAGACGCCUCUGGGGUCUACCUCAGUGCACGUUACCCCGUGCGUCCUAUCGUGGGGCUUGCAGUGCUGACCAACGCAACCGCUGGUACCAUUUAUUCCGCGUGCAACGAGCUACAGCCGCUGGGACAAUGGGAGGCACCUGGAUUCAUGCUCAAGUCGUCUGCUAUCAGUGACUCCAGUGAUGUUCUUGUCUGUGUGCAGCGUCCGAAUGGAAACGCGACGGGUGCGUCUUCCGUCUUGACCGUCCUCAAUGUGGUGUUGCCAACCGAACCGUGUCCUGAAUCUACUGCCAAUGCCACGGAGGUCACCAGUGACCAGAUCAAACUUUGCGCCGAAUGGGGUCUCGUUGACUUCGAUCCCACCAGCAACUUCGUGUCCAGCCAGGCAAACUCGUCGUUCGUUGCAGAGUUAUCGCAGUACCAAACCACAGAAGAUGGAGCCGCUAGUUUCACUACCUCGACGCUCCCUGGAGACUGGGACGUUAUCGGCAAUGGGUCGACGGGAGACGUGCGUACAUUCUUUUUGACUCGACGGUCCAGGCCGUUUGCCUCGCUUACUAAUUCCACCGGAACGGGUAGCACUGUGAGCAUGGACAACGAGGUGUCGUCGUCCGUUGAAGCAGUGGCGUCUAGCUCGACCGACGAGCUGUCUUUCCGAGUGCUCCAAAUUGCUGAUCUGCAUAUCUCCGGUGACCCGGAUCACCCGUGUGCAGACAGUCCCGACACGAUUCGGGAUAGUAUCUUGGCGGCCGCGUCAGAAAUUGCUCAGCAGAUGAGAGAAGACGGCAAUUCCACGAGCUCAACAGUUGCUGGUGAAGAGAAUGAUCCGAUGUACCGCGAGUGUCGCGAAGCAGUGACAAUCGCGUUCCUCGACGAGUUACUUGAUAUCGAGCAGCCUGAUUUUGUCGUCUUCACGGGCGACAACGUCCAACAACACCAGGAUCCGGGAAUGCAUAAACUGUCGAUGAACACGUUCAUAGCUCGCGUUGAGAGUCGACGAAUUCCGUGGUGUGCUGUGUAUGGCAACCACGAUGCGGAAGGCGGCUUAUCACGAGAAGACAUGCUGGAGCUGAUGAUACAAGGGAAGCAAUACUCACACGUGAAGUACGGGCCUCGUGACAUUGACGGCGUGGGGAACUACGAGGUCAAUGUUGUGGCGCCAGCGAAUGGCCCAUGGGGCGAGAGAGGGUCCACAGUCUUUCGCAUGUAUUUCUUGGACUCACAUGCCCUCAUCGACACGGCAGUGUAUCCAUCGAUCAACGACGCUGGCGACUAUGACUGGAUCAAAGAGUCUCAGAUUGAGUUCUACCGGGAGCUCGCGCUGUCCCACAUCGCGGAAGAAGCUGCGAACAACAACAGUGUCUUGCCGAACGGGAGUAUACCGGCAGUGAUGUACUACCACAUCCCUGUGCCAGAGUACGGGCUGGCCUCCCCGUUGACCCGGGUCGGCACUAGCCACGAAUCGGUCUUCAGCGCUGCGGUGAACAGCGGCUUGUUCUCUGCUUUAGUUGAAGUGGGCGACGUGAAAGCCACUUUCGUGGGACACGACCACAUUAACGAUUACUGCUACUUGCGGCAAGGCGUCCAACUGUGCUACGGUGGUGGCAUUGGACUUGGUAAGGCUUACGGGCAGACCGAUGUUGAGCGCCGAGCCCGAGUGCUCGAAUGGAAAUUUUACGCGAACGAGACACGCACCAUGCGAAGCUGGCAACGACAUUUUUCGGAUCCUACACAGAUCCAGUCGCUCGAAGUUCUCUACUCGGAAUAG